AUGGCGGAGAAGUUUGACCACCUGGAGGAGCAUCUAGAGAAGUUCGUGGAGAACAUCCGGCAGCUCGGCAUCAUCGUCAGCGACUUCCAGCCCAGCAGCCAGGCCGGCCUCAACCAGAAGCUGAAUUUUAUUGUUACCGGCCUACAGGAUAUCGAUAAAUGCAGACAACAGCUUCAUGAUAUCAUGGUUCCCCUGGAGGUGUUUGAAUACAUUGAUCAAGGCCGGAACCCCCAGCUGUACACCAAAGAGUGCCUGGAGCGGGCUCUGGCCAAGAACGAACAGGUGAAAGGCAAGAUUGACACCAUGAAGAAAUUUAAAAGCCUGUUGAUUCAAGAACUUUCCAAAGUAUUCCCAGAAGACAUGGCCAAGUACCGGAGCAUCCGCGGGGAGGAGCAAUCCCCUUCCUAGCCACUGCGGAGCCAGCCUG